AUGGCGUGUUUGUUUCUAAGGCGUGACGUGUUUGUGUCUCAGGUGUGGCGUUCGGUGGGCUGGCGUCUCAUCGCUCUUUCCAUCUCUCUGUACGGUCUCCUCUACCUGUACGAGAAACUCACCUGGACCGACGCCAGCAGAGAGCGCGUUCUGAAGCAGCAGUUUGUGGAGCAUGCCACCCACCGCCUGAGAGCCGUCAUCCCCGUCUGCAGCUCCGCCUGCAGCCAGCAGGUGUACAAGGAGCUGUCGUCCACAUUCAGCCGUCUGACUCAGAGAGUCGAUCUGAGUGAAGCUGAGCUGGAGGGAAACAUCCGGCAGCUGAGCUUCAGGAUCCAGAGACUGGAGAACAUCCAGAGGAGGUCCAAGGCCUUCAGGAACAGAGCCACGGAGCUGGAGACUCAGCUGGAGGCCUUUUCUGUUCAGUACCUGCAGGGAAACUGAAGUGAGCGGCGCC